CCUACGGUAGAAGUCAGACGGGGUGGAUGCACUAAUGGGAGAGACCGGACAGGUUAUUAGAGUUUCUUGCCUGAAGAGAAACCAGAAGAGGGCCUCGCCAUUAUAACCUUAUUUUUUGCACCCAGUGACGGAUUUGUCUGUCUCUCAUAUCCUUUUUUUUAAAUCGUGGUUGUCUACUGAAGGCCGCAGAAGCCUCGGGCUAGAUUUGGCGACACACCGAACUGAGUAGACGAGGACAUCAGUGGGAUUGUUUGGAAAGUCUCGUACAAUGUAUUCACCAGGAUUUGACGUUUGGAAGUCGUAACGUAUUUAUUUGUAUAGCAUCAUUUGUGUUUAAUUUAUACCGAAAGGUGGAAAUGAAUGUGUAACUUAGUAUAAAAAAGUUAAAGAGACAUGCUAACUAGUUAGCUAGUAUGCUAAAAUGCUAGUUAGCUACCUAGCAGCGAAACUCUAGCGUAAUGAAUGAAUGAACGAAUUGGCAACCCCCUGCUUUUUAACCAAGUACUGGUUGCUGAUGUCGAUGCAAGAACACGUCGAAUAUUAGACGAGACAACGCUGAUUUUUAUACAACAUAGCAAAUUAAGCUUGUUGGGGGCGAACUCUUGUGUGACUGUUAAAUCUCUGCAGACCCACAAAUGGACAGGAAUGCGGUUCCUGGGAGUCGCUGGACGGCGGCGAUCUAGCACGCAAACAUAGUGUUGUGCUAACAGUACCACAUAGCCUCGGUAAUGUUUAAAAAGCUGGGUGCAGCUAACUUCAGCUAGCCACACAUAUUUGCACUACUUGGACUUAGCUGCAAUAGCGUUAAGCGUACACCGGCGUUUGGGAUGGGCAACACGGUGUCAUGCUGCGUCUCUCCCGAGUCGAGCCCCAAACUUCCUUCGAGGCAACCGGCAGAGCGGCUGGAGGAGCUCCAGACCAGCACCGAAGUGAGCGACGAUAACACCGCGCCCUACCUGCAACAUAUAAGCGACAGAGAAGUCCCUGAUGAGCUGGCCCAGGAGUCCAACCCCUCAGACCACGCCAGAGCCAGCACCAUCUUCCUCAGCAAGUCCCAGACAGACGUACGAGACAAGAGGAAAAGCAACCACAUAAACCAUAUCAGUCAUGUAUCUCCUGGUCCACUGUCAAAGAAGUACAGCUCCUGUUCCACCAUCUUCAUAGACGACAGCACCGUCAGCCAGCCCAACCUCAAAAGCACAAUCAAGUGUGUCACUUUAGCAAUAUACUACCACAUCAAAAACAGGGACUCUGACAAGUCAUUGGACAUCUUUGAUGAGAAAUUGCACCCCUUAUCAAGAGAGCCAGUGCCAGACGACUACUCCCGCGUAGACCCAGAACACAAACUGAUCUACCGCUUCGUUAGAACACUCUUCAGUGCUGCUCAGCUCACUGCUGAAUGUGCCAUUGUCACUCUCGUGUACCUGGAGCGCCUGCUGACCUACGCCGAGCUGGAUAUCUGCCCCUCCAACUGGAAGCGCAUCGUCCUGGGAGCCAUCCUGCUGGCCUCCAAAGUGUGGGACGACCAGGCCGUGUGGAACGUCGACUACUGCCAGAUCCUCAAAGACAUCACAGUGGAGGACAUGAAUGAGAUGGAGCGCCACUUCCUAGAGCUCCUCCAGUUCAACAUCAACGUGCCAGCCAGCGUGUACGCCAAGUACUACUUUGAUCUGAGGCAGCUGGCCGACGACAACAACCUCAGCUUUCCUCUGGAGCCCCUCAACAACCAGCGUGCCCAGAAACUAGAGGCCAUUUCCAGACUAUGUGAAGACAAGUAUAAGGACCUGAGUCGAGCAGCGAUGAGACGAUCCCUCAGCGCAGACAACCUGAUAGGUAUACGACACUCCAACGCUGUGCUCUCAUAGGCCAGACUGCUGCCACGGCCCCCCCCCCCCCCCCGACUUCCAAAGCCCAGCUACUCCACACAGCCAGCCGCAGACCAACGCGGCCGCCUCAGAGGGUCAGCACGGCCCCCCCAUCCCCUCUCCCCCACCGU